AGAUAGAUGUAUAAAAUAAAAGAUAUUGUUGCUGUUUUUUUUUUCUGGGUGGUGAAAUAGCAAAAUAGCAACACCAUUAACAGCAGCAACAAUUGCCGAUGAAAUCGCCAUCGUAAUAGAUAUAGUUUUUCCAGUUCCAGUUUUUAUUACAUAAAAAAAAGAAAUAACAAGAAAAAAAAAUCAACAAACAAAAAAUAUAUGUAUAUAUUAAUAUAGCCAGCGAGAAAAUCUUAUGCAAAUGCGUUUUCAAAAAUAAUUAAGCGGCAGCCUCAAAGAUUUGGCAAGAAAGUCGUUUGCAGUGCCCCUCGACUCUCGGUUUCGCUUGUUGGAUUUGCGCGAAUUUUUCGUCACUCUUGUUGUUAUUGUUGUUGUUGUUGUUUGUUUGGAUCUGAUUUGGAUUUACCCAGCCUCAGUGCAACCUCCAACCUCCAAAAGACACAAGCCAUGUGCCGGCCAUAAACCGCAGACACGCUUCCUAAUUGAAAACAGAGCCAGCCCAAUGGACACGUAGCGAACGGCCAUAAGUGCGAGUGAGAGCGAGAGAGAGUGCGGGAAAGAGAAGGAUAGAGGCCAGAGGGAGAGAGAGAGCGAUAGAGUCGAUCGUGAUUUGGAUUUUCAGUGUGAUAUCGAAAAGAGCGGCCUGAAGGCGAUACUUUUAGCCAAACACAGGACAGGAAAAACAGAAAUACAAGCCAAAAUGUUCACCGCCACAAAAAUGGUUUACAGUUAUAGAUUUUUAUGGCUUUCCGGCGUAUUACUAGGUCCCCUUCUAUUAGCCGCCAUUGCCGUUCAAGGCCAAGAGCCCGCCAGUCCAGUAUUUCAAAAUCACAAGACGAAGGAAUGGACGAAUUUAGACAACAUAACAUUCUCAUUUGAUUGCAAAAGGCGAUCCGUGGGUUUCUAUGCCGAUAUGGAGUACAAUUGCCAGAUAUUUCACAUGUGCGAUGAGGAGGGCAACAGAAUACCGCAUCUGUGCGCCAAUGAGACGAGUUUUAACCAGGAGUACAGAAUCUGUGAUUGGGAUUAUAAUUUCAACUGCACUGAGUCACCAAAAUGGUUCUAUCUAAACGAACUGACUUAUGCCACAGAUCCCCCAGACGAAGACGAUGAGGAUUACUAAACAGUUAAUGCUCCUAAUUAAAUAUUUAUUGUCUCUGCAAAAAAAGAAAAAACAAUCAAAUAAGAAAAAAAAACUGAAAAACUAAUUAAAUUAAAAAUCGUAUGAAAAACGCUGAGUAAUUGUGAGAAAGAAAAUUUAUAAAAUUCCAUGGAAGUGAGAUGAAUUAAUUUAAGCGCCUUGUUGACGAUUUUGUUGAGUUUCGUGUUUUGUACCUUUGUAUUGUAGUCUAAUUGAGUCGAAUGUAGGAGUACGAGAUGAUGUGUAUAUAAUGUAUAUAUAGAGAUGGGUCCCAGUUCCAUUUCCAUUGCAAAAGAAAAUAAAUUUCAAAAAUCCCCACUUACAUACCCAAAAUAAUAAAAAUAUUGAAAUAAAAGAACCCGGAACAACCUCGAAGGGGUACGCCACAUUAUUGUAUAAUUUACAAAUAAUCUAUCAUAUUUGUAAGCAAUCUUAAAUCGAAAUAAAAACAAAAUCCAAUUGCUAGCCUUUAA